UUAAGACAGUCAGGUAAUCUAUAACAGAAGCAGCAGGAGCAAGAGAAAAGAAGAGGCUUCAAAUCAAAAGCUAUGUUUCCAUUGCUUCUGUUAUCAGGUUUUAUCACCUUCACCUUGAGUCUCCCUCAGUAUGUCUUUGUGAAUGAAUCCAAGACUUGGACAGAAGCUCAGAGAUACUGUAGAGAUAAAUACACUGAUCUGGCCUCCAUUGAGAAUGAACAACAGACGGUCCAGUUAUUGGAUACAGUGAAUGAUGAUUCCAUUGAUUUGGCCUGGAUUGGACUCUAUGAUGAUCUGAACAGUUGGAAAUGGACUCUAGAGGACAGUGAUUUCUUCAAGGAAGGAGGGAAAGACUUCAGGAACUUUUAUGACCAAGGACCAGACUAUUAUGGAGGACAAAGUGUGUGUGUGUUUAUACACAUGGGGAUAUGGUAUACAACAAGCUGCUCCAAUGCAUUUUAUCCUACUGUCUGCUAUGAUGGAAGAGAAAACGCCAGUGAUACUUUAGUUUUUAUUUACCAGUCCAAAACCUGGACUGAAGCUCAGAGUUACUGCAGAAAACAUCACACAGACCUCGUCAGUAUCAGGAAUGAGCCUGAAAACCAGAAGAUACAGUAUUUAUUUCAGAAUUAUUAUAAUGUUUGGAUUGGACUGUACAGAACCAGAUCUUGGUCAGAUCAGAGCAACUCUUCAUUCAGUAACUGGACGACAGGACAGCCAGAUACUCCAGGAUCCUGCACUGUAGUCUCAUUCAGUGACUCUGGGAAAUGGACAGACGAAAACUGCAAUUAUGUAUUUCCUUUCUUUUGCUACAGUGUGUCAUCUUUGACAUCAUCACGCCAGUAUCACUUUGUGAAUGAGUCUAAGACCUGGACUGAAGCUCAGAGACACUGCAGAGAGAAUUACACUGAUCUGGCCACCAUUGAUAACAUGGAGGAAAUGAACAGUCUGAUAAACACAGUUAAUGGGAGUUAUAAUGGUUCAGCCUGGAUUGGACUGUAUGAUGAUGUGAACAGCUGGAGAUGGUCAUUGGAAAACAAUGAUUUCUAUCAGGAAGGAGAGAGAGAUUUCAGGAACUUCUAUCCUGAACCAGACAACAGUGGUGGGAAUGAACUGUGUGUUUACAUGGAAAAUAAUGGAAAAUGGUUUGAUUCAUCAUGUGACUACACACUGCAAUUCGUUUGCUUUGAUGGUAGAGUGAAUGCUACACAGAGUUACAUCAGAAUCACUGAUGGGAGAAACUGGUCAGAGGCUCGUAGAUACUGCAGAGAUCAUUACACAGAUCUCGCCAAUGUGAGAAAUCAGACUGAGAACCAGAGGAUCCUUGAGACAGCAGGUGGAUAUGGAGUCUGGAUCGGCCUGUACAGAAACAGGGUUUGGUCAAACGGUCAGAUUACCAAAUAUGAAGACUGGAGACCACAAAUUCCAUAUUCUUCACAGCAACCAGAUAAUGGUCAAUAUGGUUAUGGCCAAUGGUUUUCUCAGUUAUGUACUGCAGUAUCAUUCAGCCAUUUAGGCCGAUGGACUGAUGAGAACUGCUUAUCCAGCAUGCCAUUCAUCUGCUUCAACAGAACCUGCACACAAUCUUCAUGCACCCAUCAGUAUCACUUUGUAAAUGAUUCAAAGACCUGGACUGAAGCUCAGAGACACUGCAGAGAGAAAUACACUGAUCUGGCCACCAUUGAUAACAUGGAGGAAAUGAACAGGCUCAUUAAAACAGUACAUAGGCCUUACUAUGGCUCAGCUUGGAUUGGUCUCUAUGAUGAUCUGAACAGCUGGAAAUGGUCUAUGGACAAUGCAAGUUUAGAAGGAGGAUUUAAAAGCUGGUAUGUCCAGCAACCAAUGAACCCAGGUGGACAGAGUCUGUGUGUGGACAUGUCAUAUUAUUGGGGAACAUGGCGUGAAAUCUCUUGUUACUAUACACUUCCAUUUGUUUGCUAUGAUGGAAGAGUGAAUGCUAGUACAAGUUACGUGCUUGUUUACCAGUACAAAACCUGGACUGAAGCUCAGAGUUACUGCAGAGAACAUCACACAGACCUCGUCAGUAUCAGGAAUGAGACUGAAAACCUCAAACUUCAGUCAUUACAGUAUUUUUCCGAUUUUUGGAUUGGAUUGUACAGAACCAGAUCUUGGUCAGAUCAGAGCAACUCUUCAUUCAGUAACUGGAGGACAGGACAGCCAGAUAAUGCUGGAAACAGUGAAAACUGCACUGCAAUGUCAUUUAGAGACUCUGGGAGCUGGACAGAUGAAAACUGCAAUACUGCAUUAUCUUUCAUUUGCUACAGUGCAUUAGCAUCAUCCCGGGAGUAUCACUUUGUGAAGGAGUCUAAGACCUGGACUAAAGCUCAGAGACACUGCAGAGAGAAUUACACUGAUCUGGCCACCAUUGAUAACAUGGAGGAAAUGAACAGGCUGAUAAACACAGUUAAUGGGAGUUACAAUGGCUCAGCCUGGAUUGGACAGUAUGAUGAUGUGAACAGCUGGAGAUGGUCAUUGGAAAACAAUGAUUUCUAUCAGGAUGGAGAGAGAGAUUUCAGGAACUGGUAUCAAGAAUCCAACAAUAAGCCGAAUGAACUGUGUGUUUACAUGGAUUAUAAUGGAAACUGGUUUAAUUCAUCAUGUGAAAAUUAUUACUCAUUUGUUUGCUACAAUGGUACAGAAAACGCCGCUCAGAAGUAUGUUUUUGUAAAUGAGAGAAGGACCUGGACUGGAGCUCAGAGAUACUGCAGAGAGAAUUACACAGACCUGGCCAGUGUGAGAGAUGAGGCAGAGCGUCAACAGAUACGGAAUGUUAAACGUUAUUAUUCUGGUUAUAAUGUGUGGAUUGGUCUGCACAGAAACAGACUGUGGUCAGAUCAGAGCAGCUCUUCCUUCACAUAUUGGCUGCCAUAUACUCCAGGUGAUAUUGCACAACCAGAUAAUGGUGUAAAUGUCCCAGGACAGCAGGGAGCUCAACACUGCACAGCUGUGUCUCUAAAAUACUUUGGUCAGUGGACGGAUGAAAACUGCUUUGCCAGUUUGCCUUUCUUCUGUUACAGUGGUGAGCAAAUGCACCUUCUGUAA